AUGAUUAUUAUCAUUGUAGCAUUAUUGUCUAGAAGUAAUGCACAAAGCAAUCAAUGUACACCAGCAGCAAUAGCUACAUGCGGUACAUUUCCAUGUGUUCAAACAGGUAAUACUUUUUCAUGUCUUUGUCCAGACAUGACAACAAAACCAAGUGCAAUUGAAUGUGAUGGUGGUCUAGUUACAACUACUCAACCAUCAGUUGUAAUUCCAAAUCAAUGUACCAAUGCUGUUUGUCCAGCUGGUGCUACAUGUAUACCAACAAAUCAAAAUCCAUCACUUUAUAUAUGUCUUUGUCCAAAUAAUAUUAUUGCAAAUCCUGAUUGUCCAAUAAAUCCAUUACCGAAUAAUCCAUGUUUAAUUAAUAACCCAUGUCAAAAUGGUGCAACUUGUGUUGUUAAUCAAUUAACUCUUCAAGCAGUUUGCGUUUGUCCAGAAAAUACUUAUGGACCAAACUGUAGUCAUCCAUGCCGUCCAGCAUGUGAUUCUAGUUGGUGUUAUAAUGGUGGUCGAUGUGUUAAUGGAUAUGGUCAUCCAUAUUGUUUCUGUGGAUAUAACUAUCGUGGUCGACGAUGUGAACUUCGAUAUAAUACACUAAACUAUGUUUAUUUAUAUUAUCAUCCACGAUGGUGA